AUGGCCUCCAUUGAGCCUACCAACUCCUCCUCCGGGACGCCGUCAAAGGAUGUCGAUAUUGAAAAGCUCCCCGGCGUCAACGAGACGAUCGAACCCGAAGUCCGCCAUGGCAGUGUCACGCCAGCCUUUGAAGUCGCAAAGGCAAGACAUAUUCAGACCAGCAUUGCGCCUCUCCGCUGGUUGAGCAGGGGCGAGGAAUGGCUGGACGAGAAGAUGGGCAUCGAAACCCAGGGCAUUGACCGGAUCCCGGAAGAAGAGAAACGCCCACCCGCCCUCAUCAACACCUUUUUCAUGUGGUUUUCCAUGACCUGCCACGUCGGCACCCUGCCGCUCGGUGUGCUGGGUCCUGAAUUUGGCUUGACUCUCGGUCAGUCUGUCUCGGCGGUCGUGGUGGGCACCAUCCUCGGAGCUCUCUGUACAGCAUAUACCGGCACCCUCGGUCCUAAAACUGGUCUUCGUCAGAUCGCCACCUCUCGAUAUUCGUUCGGUUUCUGGGGUGCCAAGCUCUGCAGUGUGCUCAACGUGAUUGUCGGCGGUGGAUUCGCGGUGGUCAACGUGGUCGUCACCGGCCAAAUGCUCAGUGCCGUGUCGGACUACUCGAUGACGAUUGCCGUGGGGUGCGUGAUUGUCGCCGUGGUUUCGUACGUGGUAUCGGUCUUUGGCUUUGCCAUCAUCCACACGUUUGAGAAGUACAGCUGGAUUGUCUCCUUCAUUCUCCUCUGCGUCUUGAUCGGUCAGGCUGCGCCCCAUGUCGGUCCCAAUGCGCCUGGAUUCCCUGCCUCCAACCUGGAAAUUGGUGGUUCGUGGCUCAGCUUCAUGGCCAUCUGCUUCUCCAGCUCGUCCGGCUGGUGUUCCAUCGCUGCCGACUACUAUUGCAACUACCCUGCCAACACCAAGUCGUGGAAAAUCUUCUUCCUCACCUUGGCCGGUAUCACCAUCCCGACCGUGUUUGUGACCGUCAUUGGUUCCUGCAUUGGAAACGCUGCCAUCUUGAACGCAUAUCCCCCUUAUUCGGAUGCCUAUAACAACCAUGGCCUGGGUGGCUUGCUGCGCGAGAUCUACCAUCCGGUGGGUUGGGCCAAGUUCUGCUUGGUGAUCCUCACCUUCAGCGUGCUGGGCAACAACAUCGCCAUCAACUACUCCUCCGGUCUCUCCAUCCAACUCCUGGGUCACUACUUCCACGCCGUGCCCCGAUUUAUCUGGUCCUUCUUGGUCGCCUUGGUCGUGGCGCUGCUCGCCAUUGUCGGAAAGGACCAUUUGUCGAACAUUGUCUCCGAUUUCGUGUCCUUGCUGGGCUACUGGACCAUCUCCUUCACGCUCAUUCUCCUGAUCGAGGACCAAUAUUUCCGCAAGCGAUCGGGCGAGGGCUACAACCUCGAGGUUUGGGAUAUGCCCGACAAGCUGCCAUGGGGUGCCGCGGCUGUCUUUUCGCUGUUGGCAGGCUACCUGGCGGGUGGUUUGCCCGGCAUGGCGCAAGUUUGGUAUGUCGGCCCUAUCGCCGCCAAAUUCGGACCGUUCGGUGGUGAUGUCGGUAUUUACAUGUCUGGCGCCAUCACUGUAGUCUGCUAUUUCCCCUUGAGAUAUCUGGAGAGGAAGAAGACGGGACGGUAG